GCGCGGAUGAGACACGCCUCCACCGAGGGAGGAUGGGAUUGUUUGGAGGGUGCGAGCUGAGUCGUGCCACAGUCGGAGGCAGACGUCGAAGCUGCGCGGCUGUGUCUGUGUGUGUACGUGUGUAUGUGUGUGUGCCUGCACGCAUCAUGCUCCCGAUUGGAUGCUAAUUCCCCGCUCCUGAUCGGACUUAAAGAGGACAGCUGGGUUGUCAUUUUUUUCGGUGGGUGCAUGCUGGGAGCUCUGCAAGGGAAUCAUCGCAACACUAUUAAUAAUAAAAGAUGGUGGGUGGUAUGUCGGGCAGUCUGGGGGGGAUAAUCUUACACCACGCUUGAGCGAUGUUCUGCAGGAUUCUCUGUGUGGUCACAAAGGCUUUUCCCACUCGCUAAUGGACCGAUGGGGGGACGUGGCGGUGGCUUGCCAUGCUUGAAUCCCAUCACCGCGUCCCAGACCUUCUUGGUGACCGCUGCCAUAUCCGAGGAAUACCCCCCUCCACCCUCACCCCCCGCACCUUCCCUUUGCCCCCUAAUCACGCAACCAUCCAAUACAUCCCUGAUCUGUACUUCUGGCUGCUCGAGUGUAUUCAACCCCUCUGACGUCUAAAUGAGCUCCCUGACAUCCUCGUUGCUCUGCCUUCACCCCUUGAGCCCCUCGAUAUUCUGGCAUGUUCCAUCAGCGGGGUUGAUCCCCCUUUCACUCUCCCGUUCCCCAUCCUCGUCCCAAUCUCCUGUCCUCUGACCCCUACCCUAUUCACCCUCUUUCCCCCAAACUCCUUUCCCCCCCAUGACCAUGUUGCCAUGUGUCUGCUGGCUCCAGCCUGUCCUCAUGGUGCUGACCUCUGUGUUCUGGACCCGGGGGGAGAACUGCCCAGCGACCUGCCUCUGCCCGGACCCCCACACGGUGGACUGCAGUGGCCGCGGGCUGACCCACCUCCCAGACGAGAUCCCCCUGGACGUUCGCCGGCUCCUGCUGGCUGACAACUGGAUACCCCGCAUCCCCUCCGACUUCCUGGUUCUGUACAGUGACUUGGUUUAUUUGGACUUGCGGAACAACACGCUCUCAUACAUCGAACCGGGGACUCUUAGCACCUCCUCCAGGCUGGUCUUCCUGGAUCUUGGCAGCAACAACUUGACGGAAAUCCCAAAGGGCACAUUCGGGGAGUCCCGGAGCUUGAUCAAACUGCGACUGGGUAACAACCCCUACCUGAGCAUGGUGAGUGAAGACGCCUUCCUGGGCCUCACCUCGCUCCGGGAAUUGGAACUGGAGCGUAACGCACUGUCGAGCCUCAAGGUGGGUGCGCUAAGUCAGCUGCCCUCCCUGCGGGUGGUGAGGCUGGAGGGCAACCCUUGGGUGUGUAACUGCAACUUUGCCAACCUGUUUGCGUGGCUCAUGGAGAACAGUCAUAAGCUUCCCAACGGAGUGGAAGACAUGGAGUGCUCCCUCCCCAUGGAUGGGCGGCGCGUGUCCCUGACCCAGCUCUCCAAGGACAGCUUCCGCGAGUGCCAGGCCAGCCUGACUCUGACGGAUCUACUCAUCAUCAUUUUCUCGGGCAUCUCUGUGUCUGUGGUAGCCAUCAUGACCAGCUUCUUCCUGGCUUCCACAGUCCACUGCUUCCAGCGCUGGAGUAAAGGUUCCAAGGGUGACGAAGAGGAGAGCGAGGAGUGAUGAGGAUGUACUUUCACAAAAGGCUCGUCUCAUCUGGCUGUUUCUGGCGUGGACUCCACAGACAAAAGUAUGCGACGCGGCGACAGAUUUGUGCUGCUUAUUCCUGGUGAAGGCCCAGGACUUUUUUUUUUUUUUUUUUUUAAUGGAAUGAUCUCAGCCUGGUACAGUUAUUGAUUUCUUUGCAAAGUGGCAUCUAGGUAUGGUAUGAAAAGUCACUCCUGAGGGAUAGAUAAUAUCAGCUCCACUCAAAAUAUUUUGGAAUUUUUCAAACAUGGCUUGGGUAGCAAUUUGCAAAAAAUAGAAACCAAACCAAAGGUUUGGGCUGUGUUCACACCUGUAGCUUGGUACUUGUGUUCAGGCCAAAGUAUCAAAAAGAUAUGCUGUUGGAUUUGGUGACCUUGGAAUUAUACACCUUUAUCAUUGCAUCCGUUGCAUCAAAAUUGGUCCAUAAUUUUCAUGAGACUCAAAUUUUCCAAAGCAGUUGAGAGUUCAUCACCUUGCCAGCAAGCUGAAGUCUCGCGGUGUUUGUGCCGAGGCCGCGAUAUCACUGAUGGGGCGGACCAAUCGCAAAGCAACAGUGUGUUUCGUGGGGUGAUUUGCAGCUGUGGCAAAAUUUUUCUCAGUUGACAAUCGGCUUGAUUAAAUAAUCGUGUUAUUUAUGACGCCCUUUAUCUGCAUACCACUAUUUACAUUGCAAAAACGACAACUAUCACUCAACGCCAUGAUGCCAUCUGUGCCAAUCAUAGAGAUGAGGACUCAGCUGGUCAAAACAAGACGCAUGAUGGUGACAUUUUCAUCCAUUGGUCAAAACAAAAAUUUCUUCUGUUUUCACAAGUUGAUGCAUCGCCCGAUGGAUUUAAUUUCUGAUUUACAGGUGUGUCUCAAAAAAAUUGAGUAUGGGAUAAAACUUAACCGAAAAAGGGAAACCUGCAUUAUGCAUACGCAGUACAUUUACUGCACGCAGAGUGAAAAAUUUCAUGAUUUUAUUAUUUUGUUGAAUAUAGCUUCCAGCCAAUGGACACCCAAAAUUCACCAUCUCAAGAAAUUAGAGCAUUACAAUAGAAACAAUCAAAAUUAUUUUUAUUUUUAAUUCUUUUUGGGGGGACACAUUACCUCAAAAUUGGCCUUCUGCAAUUUAUUUCUGAUGCACUUAAUAAGCCAUGUGCAGUAGAGUUUCACUUUUGGAAUUGAACUACUGAAAUAAAUUAACUUUUCUGGGAUAUUCUAUUUUAUUGAGAUGAACCUGGACAAAUACCUUCAAGUGCGUCCACUUUAUGUGCCACAUGCACACAUCCGCUACAAGGGUAACUCAGCAAAUUGGUAAUGAAGUGCUGCCUCCAUGAGUGAAAACAGAAUUAACACUUUUAUUGUCAUUAUUGAUCUUACUCUGUGCUCCCGGAACGCCCUGGUAACAAAAGCCAUACUUAGUAGGUGCCCCGAAGUCGCGAGGGGUGUGGUGAGCAGCCUCUCAUUUGCAUAAACUUGGGCCGCCCCUUCAAAACAGCAGAGGCCUGAAAAUGGGGGCAAAAAGUAUCCUGUGACACUUGAUCUGUGAAGAGUUUUCACAGCAUCAUGUUACAUAAAUGUUGCUAAAGUCCCUAUAAAGUGAAAGUAAAUAAGUCUUCUAAAUUUGAAAUACUACACAAAAGAGUGUUCACCGUUCCAAAUUUUAAUGAUUAAAAAAAUGAGCAAGCAUAUAAAAUUAGGCUUGAAAAUCCCGACAAAUCAAGCCUUUUUUCCUGCUCCCAAAUAUUGUGGGCAUGUCCGCAAAAUGUGUGAAAUCACACCACACAGAAAAAUGGAUGCUACUUCAUCUAAUGUCUUUCCGCCAAAAUAUAUCCACUGAAAGCCUCUGGCGGCUGGAAUAUCCCAUCAAGUCAUCACAGGGUGCUAGCCACCAGCUAGCAUAUGAGCUAACAGGUUUGGGCCUAGUAAUGAUAACACUGUAACUCGCAGUUGCACUUAUCAGCAAUUUUCAAGAUUUUUUUAGGCCAUCAAUUAAACACAUAUUUUCACUACUCGAGGGCCGGUCCAGGCCCUAUCCUCGCGAAUAGUGGCGGUCCACUGUACUCCAUGCUUGUGUCUCGCACUUUAUUAUAAAACAUGCGUAAUGUUUUCAGAAACAAAAUUUCUGAAUACAUUUUACAGGGUCUUGAAGACAGUCUCGACAGUUUUAGAUUGUGAACAAAUGUACAAGGAUUCUCCUUUAACACGUACUGCUCCAUGUCUGUGGUCCCUGUGAAAUGAACUCAACCUCACCCUAGUUGGCUUACAAGCGGACCAAGACCACAUGUUCAAAAGGUCUGGGUUUGCUUUUUUGGUUCGGAUGUUAGCGUUGUAACACUUGACGACAACGAAAUGCAGCCGGUUUUACCGACUCAAACAAGUGUGAACACAAUCGCGAUCAAGUUUUCAGAAGGUUACUGUGACAAUGUAAGCUGAUCAUACCCUACGAAAUAUCCGAAAGAUGUCAUACAGACCAAUGACCUCAAUAUUAAUUCCCCGCUUCCCCCUCUGGUCUCACAUCCUGUCAUUCAAGCUGUGUUUUUCUACCAGGCGAGAAAAUAGGACAUGUACAGCGGACAGGCAGAUUCCACGGUAUAUACUACAUAGUCACACACACACACACACACACAUGUAUGUGCCACAAUUAAAACAAGCAUCAUCAUAUGAAGCCAGAGAAUAUAAUCUUUCAUUAGCUUGAUGUAGAAAGAUGAAAUAGCUCUGAGUAUAAUCCUCACAAUUAGAGCAUAAAAAAAACAACAAUGUGGUAUUAUAAAAGAAGAGUACAUGUACAACUAUCGUGUCAAUGAAUGCACUUUAAAUGGUGACUCUAAUUAUGUGACAGCCCUAAUUACACCAUUCCAACUGGUUUCGUCCUCAUCUGCCAAAGAUCAGGUUGAAGUAAAGAGAGCCUUUAGGAUUUUUAUCUGUUUUUCAAUGUGAGUGUUUCAAACUCAUUGAGCUAUCAUUGUCACAUUACUACCAGGGCACUUGAGGCCCUUAGACAUCAUCCUGAAAUCUAUUCAUUUAAAAGUCCCCAUUAUAACCAGUCACUUAAUAGAUCAUCAUCAUUAUCACGGGGACCGCCGAUCUAUUGUGCUUUUUUAAAAAAAAAAUUAUUAGAAGCGUUCUUCCAAGGUAUGAAGCUAAAGAGUUUACAGGAGAAGAGAAGUGUGAUUAACAAAAAUAUGACAGCCACAUUUUUCAUUCUGAUUAAAAGUGACCUGAAUGCAUUAAUUGGUUUGGGAAUGUUCAAAACCAAGACUACUGGUGUUUGCGUUCAAGAAUUCUGCAGUGAGGUGGAAAUAAUUGCGACACAAGGAAUGGAAAGACACAUACAAUCACAAAAAAAUUUAAAAAAAAUAAAGGAUCCUGGAAUGCCGGUGUUCGUUGGUUUUAAUGAGUUGUGGUCACCUUGAGGGUGAAGCAUUCUCAGCACAAAGCAACAUUACAGGCAAAACCACAGGGUCAGUAGGGUACACACAUAUACUGACGAACAUGCCAAAUGUGAACGUUUUCCCUCCCUUAGGAUUAAAGUUAGCAAAGGCCCAAUUAUCAGAAGUCUCCAAAAAAUUAUCCUACGGUGGAAUAGUUUUUUUUUUUUUUUGUUUGUUUUUUAUGACUGAGCAGCAUGGAAAACAGUCAUAGUACAACAUAAUACAUAGUAGUAACCUGUGAGAGGCAGUGUGGGGCUGCAGGGCAUAUAUGAGUUAUGACAAUCAUAAAUGUCAAGCAACAAUAGCGGAAGAAAUAGGACGCAACUUGUAUUUUACUCAACUCAUAUAUGCCCUAUCGCCCCACGCUGCCUCUUAUAGGUUACAGUACUACGAUGUAUUGUGUAGUACUAUGACAGACAGCUGGUUCAUGGGCAGGUGGCCUGCGAUUGUUGUGUGUGGUAUAUCGUAAUUUUGACCACAUUCAACCUGAGAAGGUUGCGGCUGGGCAACCCCGGAUUCAUGUACUUGCAAAUUUGGGUUUUUUUAUCAAAUAUUUUGGGGGGGCAAUUUUUUGGCUAUUUUUUUUUCUUUCAUUUUGCCUGUAUUUUUUCCCCCAUUUCCUUCCACGUUUUUCAUAGAAAACAUACAAUGAACAUUUAUUAGCAUUUUUAAAAAAUAAUUUUGGGAGGGUUACAGAAAAUGUAAUUCUCCCAUCCAAACCACGUCUCCCGCAGGAUAACGAGUGUACACCACAGACUAUACGAAGAACGGGUGCUGAUUAUUUAAUGUAUUUCUUUUUUUUUGUUAUGUGUUGGGUCAUGUUUAAAAAAUUUUUGUGGUUACAAAUCAAUGUGUGUACCCCGCUUAAGAGCUGUUGUGUGUUUACUGUUCUGUAAAAGAAAAUCACUUGAAAGCAAUCAUUUAAACUACUGUUCGAAAAUCAAAUUAGCUGUUUUGAUGUUUAUGGGGGGUUGGGGUGUGGGGGUCCUCAGGUCAAGAAGACACAAACAGUUACUGUAGUACUUCCUGUUUUAGCACUCGAUUGUUUGAUAUUUUCGGCCUCAGUGUUUAUCAUACAUUUACUUUAAUUAUGAACUUUUCUAACUUAUGCACAAAUUCAGUUUACGACAUGGCCACAGCAACUGGGAUUUGUCCGAGACUAAGGACCCCCUAUAAGCUCCCCACAAAACACCUCAUUUCCCCCAGUAUCAGUAUGCCAACUCAUACACCGCACUUUGUAAUGUCAUCCUGAUUUCUUCCACAAACACUGCAAGGAGACAAUUGAAUGCUAAUGUCUGUCAAAUACAGAGGAUCGGGCCCGAACCCUGCUGCACAUAGCGAAAAUCAACGAGUUGUUAAGGCCUCCACAUUAAAAUGUUUAUAAUUGCCUAUAAUUACUAUAAAAUGGCAGCAAACCUCUACAUGAAGCUCCUCGACUCACUCAACAUCGUAUCUUGACACAAAGAUUCCCCAAUAUGGCGCCAAAAAGAAAGUUUUUCACUGUAGACAGCAAGUCGCAAUUAAUAUGAGGAAAUGCUGCCAUCAAAACUAUGAAGGAUGUGCACUAGCAUUUUUCGUUAUAGCUUAUCUCCUGCAGUUUUAAAGUUUAUGACUUUAUGUAUUUUGUUUGGCUAGCUAACAAGGCUCACUGCUAAAAUGGACCUGUUUCCACUACCUUCCAUUCCCUUAGACAUUACAAUAACCAAUCACUGCUUACUCCUUAGAAAAGUGGGGGACAUUUGUAGAUCACAAAGCUGAUUAGCAUACAACGCCAUGAAAUCAGCUAUUUCACAUGUUCCGGAAUCAAAAUCCUGAGACGUUGAGUGUGAUUUUCUCAUUCAACAAACAUUUCCCUCAAUGUAGUGGAAAGAAUCACACAGGGACUUUGUUUUUAUACAUAUCAUUAUGGGUUCCAACUACUGUGUAGUUGCUGCAUUGACAAACUCUUACGUUAGCUUAGCUCUUGGCUCUCAACGCAUAGGUUCGCAUGACGUGACUUCUUUUUUCUCGCAAACACCGGGACAUUAGAGCAUGCACUGCUGCAUUAACUAUUCUUAGAUUCAUGUCUAUUUUUAUAUUAAACCUUUCAGAAUGGAGUGUUUAUUUAUUGCCAGACCGCAGGCCCCCCUGGGUCAGUGUUGACAUUGCAGACCCCAGUGGCCCCUCUUGUCCACGGUUUUGUCAGAUGCAUAUUGAAGACGCCCCAUCUAGAGAGAUGACUAGUCAGAGUCAAAUUGAGAUUAGAAACAGCAACGACCGUGACGCCGUUGUUGCACAUGAAUGCAUUUCGAAAUGUCAAACACGUCAUGUGUGUAGCUGUAUUCUGUUGUUUGGUUAUAAAACAAAAAUAAAAUCUUUUUUUUCUGUC